AUGGUUCAAACAUUCUACGAUGACUCUGAUAUUCUUGUUGUAGAGAGUCUUGAAUCGCUUGUAUGGACAAAGCCAGGCCUUUCAUUUGACAAGGUCUCAAAGGAAACAGUAUUAUGGGAGAAUAAGUUUGCUGGCAACCACGUCGCCCUAGUCGCAGGGGGAGGAGCGGGACAUGAGCCGGCACAUGCAGGAUAUGUGGGCAAUGGUAUGCUCACAGCAGCAGUCUCGGGGUCCGUUUUUGCGUCGCCUAGCGUUGCACAGAUAUUCUCAGGCAUCAAACGCAUUGCAACUCCCCGUGGAGUUCUUUUAAUUAUCAAGAACUACACUGGAGACAUGUUGCAUUUCUAUCUUGCGGCCGAAAAGGCGAGAGCAAGUCUGGGAAUCCCUACUGCAGUAUUGGUUGUUGGGGAUGACGUUGCAGUAGGACGAAAGAAGAGCGGCAAAGUGGGCAGGCGGGGUUUGGCAGGUACCGUGCUCGUGGAGAAAAUACUCGGGGCGUAUAGCCUUGAGGUAGGCACAGAUCUCGAUGACUUGCUAGUGCUUGGGAAACAGAUCACGGAAAACCUAGCAACAAUUGGGGCGUCAUUGCAACAUGUUCAGAUACCAGGAAGGGAACCACUUCUGACUAGCAAUGAUGACCAAGUCGAGAUCGGCAUGGGAAUUCACAAUGAACCAGGCUCCCAGGUAUUGAGCCCUCGACCGGCUCUUGCAAAACUCAUUGAUGGAAUGCUCGAUCAACUCCUCAACGAGCAGGAUGACGACAAAGCCUAUGUCCAAUUCUCUCACGCACAAGACAUCGUAUUGCUUGUGAACAACUUGGGAGGCGUUUCUCAACUCGAAUUCGGCGGAAUCACUACAACAAUCAUUAAUUCCCUGGCUGCAAGAAGUAUCAAGCCAAUCAGAAUUCUAUUUGGAACGUACAUGACGAGUCUCAAUGGUCUAGGAUUCAGUAUAACAUUGCUGAAUGCAACGCGGGACAUGUUGAAGUACAUCGAUGUUCCCACCGAUGCUCCGGGUUGGAUCAAAGCGAGAUUUCUCAACAAGGACGAUGCAAGAACGAUCCAUGGCUCGUUAGAGUAUGAUGUGGCUCAACCAUCCCUGCUCUCGCAUCCUAUCAUCAAGUUCGACUGGGACACUUUUAGUGGCACUGUGACGCAGGCUUGUACGAGAGUCAUUGAUGCAGAGUCACGAAUUACAUAUUAUGACACAAUCGUUGGGGAUGGUGACUGCGGGAUCACGUUAGCUCGAGGAGCAAAGUCCAUUCUCACAUACAUGCAACAUGCCAGUGCAAUCGACGAUAUUGGCUCCGCUAUUUUGGGACUAACAGAUGUUAUUGAGCAAAAUAUGGACGGAACCUCUGGAGCUCUUUAUGGCAUUUUCUUCGCUGCGCUCGCUGGCGCGCUACGUAAUAUUGAAGUGGACUUCAUGACGUCUAGUGAGUGGAUUGGAGUAGCUACAACAGCUCUUGGAAAGCUCCAACAAGCUACGCCAGCUCGACAAGGGGAUCGAACGAUGAUGGAUGCACUUGAACCUUUUAUUGUAGGCCUCUCUUCGGGCUCUACCCUCCCCGAGGCAGUGGAUGCUGCAAGACGGGGCGUCGAAGCUACCAAAGGUAUGCAAGCAUCAUUAGGUCGCGCAGUUUACGUUGAAAGUAAGGCCUGGGAACUGGUUCCAGACCCUGGAGCAGUAGGAGUUUUAUGUAUUCUAGAGGCAAUAUUAGAAAGCAUUCAUCCUUAG